UCGCUCCAUUUGUCCCUUUCUACUAUGUUUGUCUUUCUUUCUAAAAAUCAUCAGACAACUAUUUUCGUCAUGUGAUCUCUUUUUAAUACCUGGAAUCAGAGAAAAUGCAGGCGAAGAAUUUUGCCUUCAAUCUCAGGUAGGAUGUAGAGAGAGAGAGGAGUGAGAAAAAGGCGUUGAUUAGAGAGGGUGAGAAAGAGAGAGAGAAGAGAGAAAAGGGGUUGAUUAGAGAGAGAGGAUGUCAUUUUCAUUUUUUAGACCAUCAUCAAGACCCAAGAGUCCAGCUGAGCUUGUGAGAGCCAUUAGGGAUUCUCUCGUUGCUCUCGAUGCCAAGACCGUUGCAGAAGUUCAAGCCCUAGAAAAGGCUUUAGAAGAGGUUGAUAAAAACUUCCUUUCAAUGAGACAAAUGCUCUUAGGAGAUGGAGAUGUGGAACCAAUUCCAGAUCAAGUUUCACAGAUCACCCUUGAAGUUUGCAAGGAGGGUGUCCUUGACCUCUUUGUUCACAAAUUGCCUGUUCUUGGGUGGGACGCUCGAAAGGAUUUAGUACAUUGUUGGGGGACUCUGUUGAGGCAAAAGGUUGGAUCUAGUUAUUGUUGUGUGGGCUAUAUCGAGAAUCAUUCGGAGCUGUUAGAGUUCCUAGUAACAUGCUAUGAUAACAAAGAAAUUGCUUUGAACUGCGGGAAUAUGUUGAGGGAAUGUAUCAAGUAUCCAAUACUCGCAAAAUAUAUGUUGGAAUCAGCCAGCUUUGAACUAUUCUUCAAGUUCGUGGAUCUUCCAAGCUUUGAUAUUGCUUCUGAUGCUUUCGCUACUUUUAAGGAUCUUCUCACCAAGCAUGAGACUAUGGUCUCUGAAUACCUAAACGCUAAUUAUGAAAAGUUCUUUGAGCUUUAUGAAAUGCUUUUGACAUCUGCAAACUAUGUAACAAGACGGCAAAGCUUGAAGCUUCUCUUGGAAUUUCUUUUGGAAUCUCCAAAUGCACGAAUUAUGGUGCGGUACAUCUCAGAAGUGCGGAACUUGAAGAUCAUGAUGACACUUCUCAAGGAUCCAAGCAAAAAUAUUCAGAUCUCGGCUUUUCAUGUUUUCAAGGUUUUUGUUGCCAAUCCGAAUAAACCACUGGAAAUCAUUUCAAUCCUGGUGAAAAACCAUGAGAAAUUGUUGAUGCUCUUGCACAGUCUUCCUGUCAACAAAGAUGAUGAGCAGUUUGAAGAGGAAAGAGGUAUUCUAAUCAAAGAAAUCGAACGACUAUCUAGCAUUUCAGAAGUAUGCUAGACGGGAAAUGUGCGCACACUUCUGUGGGUACGAGAGAGAGAGACCCAAAGCCUAUAUCAGGCUCCCAAUUAUGUUUGGAUUGUUUGUUGUUCAUUUUGGUAAAUGCAUUUUACCAUGGAAUCCUAAAUGCAAAUACAUAGUUGUUUCUUGUUUUGA